CCCUGCGCACGGGUUGGGUCCCAGCGACAUGAUGAAACUUCCCGCACGUGUUACAGAAGCCGGACGGGCUAUAAGAUGAGGAGCAGCUUCCUUUCGCAGCGUUUCCUCCGCUCUACCUCCUCCGGCCCCGGCUGCUAGCGCGCAGGUGGCCCUGUGAAAGAGUCAUUUGACCCUGAGCUUGAGGAUCACCACGAUAGUACGCAUGCCGAGGACCUAGUGGAGAACCCGUGCUUGCUGAUUCAGUCUCUAGAGCCCGCAGCUCCCCUGCAGCAUGUGUGGUAUUUGGGCCCUCUUCGGCAGCGAUGACUGCCUCUCCGUGCAGUGUCUGAGUGCGAUGAAGAUUGCACACCGGGGGCCAGAUGCGUUCCGUUUCGAGAAUGUCAAUGGAUACACCAACUGCUGCUUUGGCUUUCACCGGUUGGCAGUGGUUGACCCCCUGUUUGGAAUGCAGCCAAUCCGAGUGAGGAAAUACCCUUAUCUGUGGCUCUGUUACAAUGGUGAGAUCUACAACCACAAGGCGCUACGACAGCAUUUUGAAUUUGAGUAUCAGACCAAUGUGGAUGGUGAGAUUAUCCUCCAUCUCUAUGACAAAGGAGGUAUCGAGGAGACCAUCAGUAUGCUGGAUGGGGUGUUUGCAUUUAUCUUACUGGACACUGCCAAUAAGAAAGUAUUUCUGGGCAGAGAUACCUAUGGAGUCAGGCCUUUGUUUAAAGCCAUGACAGAAGAUGGAUUUCUGGCUGUGUGUUCAGAAGCUAAAGGGCUUGUUUCAUUGAAACACUCCACGACCCCCUUCUUAAAAGUGGAGCCCUUCCUUCCUGGACACUACGAAGUUUUGGAUUUAAAACCAAAUGGCAAAGUUGCAUCCGUGGAAAUGGUCAAAUACCAUCACUGCAGGGACGAGCCACGGCACGCCCUCUAUGACAGCGUGGAGAAACUCUUCCCAGGCUUCGAGAUAGAGGCUGUGAAGACUAAUCUGCGUACCCUUUUUGACAACGCUAUCAAGAAGCGCCUGAUGACCGAUCGGAGGAUCGGCUGCCUCCUGUCAGGCGGCUUGGACUCCAGCCUGGUGGCUGCCUCUCUGCUGAAGCAACUCAAGGAGGCCCAAGUGCAGUACCCCCUCCAGACGUUUGCUAUUGGCAUGGAAGACAGCCCCGACCUGCUGGCUGCUAGGAAGGUGGCAAAUUAUAUUGGAAGCGAGCAUCAUGAAGUCCUUUUUAAUUCUGAAGAAGGCAUUCAGGCCUUGGACGAGGUCAUAUUUUCCUUGGAAACUUAUGAUAUUACAACAGUUCGAGCAUCUGUAGGUAUGUAUUUAAUUUCUAAGUAUAUUCGGAAGAACACAGACAGUGUGGUGAUCUUCUCUGGAGAGGGAUCAGAUGAACUUACACAAGGAUACAUAUAUUUCCACAAGGCGCCUUCUCCUGAGAAGGCCGAGGAGGACAGUGAGAGGCUGCUGAAGGAACUAUAUCUGUUUGACGUUCUCCGUGCAGACCGCACAACCGCUGCCCACGGUCUCGAACUGAGAGUCCCAUUUCUCGAUCAUCGGUUUUGCGCCUAUUACUUGUCUCUGCCACCUGAAAUGAAAAUUCCCAAAAAUGGCAUAGAAAAACAUCUCUUGAGAGAAACUUUUGAGGACUCCAACCUGCUACCCAAAGAGAUUCUCUGGCGACCAAAAGAAGCCUUCAGUGACGGGAUCGCUUCAGUCAAGAACUCCUGGUUCAAGAUUUUGCAGGAUUACAUUGAACAUCAGGUUGAUGAUGCAAUGAUGGCAGCAGCGGCCGAGAAGUUUCCCUUCAAUACUCCCAAAACUAAAGAGGGAUAUUACUACCGUCAGAUCUUCGAACACCAUUACCCAGGCCGGGCUGACUGGCUGACCCAUUAUUGGAUGCCCAAGUGGACCAAUGCCACUGAUCCUUCUGCCCGUACACUGACCCAUUAUAAGUCAGCUGCCAAAGCUUAGGAGCUCUGUAAACUCUAGUGUAAAAAUAAGUGUUUCUUCUGUCUCUGAAGAUAGAGACAUUGAGACAAACAGAGAAAUAAUAAAAUCAACCAUUCAUCACUCAGGCUUACGUAGGCAUGGAAAGAAAUAAAAGUAUCCCAUCUAAAAUGUCUCCUGCUUGUGGACACCAGUGCAGCCUCUCAUUCAUGGUAGCUAGAGACCGAGUGGCUUUUGCUGUAUUGCCACCAUGUGGAUGGCGAUGAGCUAAA